UCUGUACGAAAAAUGGCGGGGAACAAGCGUGGUCGAGGAAAGAAACACGAAGAAACAGGAUCUGGGAUACCUUGCAAGUACGGAAAUUCUUGCUAUCAGAAAAAUCCAGAACAUUUCAAGAAAUUUUCUCAUCCUAAACCAACCGACGAAACUAUUCAACCAAAAGCUGAUGUUGCAAAGAAACGUAAAACUGAACUGUCUGAAGAUCCUGAUUGUGAAAAGGCUUCUGCAGUAGAUAGAUUGGAGCAGAAAACUAAAAAUAGUACCUCGAGUGAAGUAAAGCCUCCUCCUUCUCCAGAUGAUGUCCAUGAAAAUAUUAAGGCAAAGUUUCUUGUCACCAUGCCAGAUGACUUCUUUCAUUUUUGGGACUUUUGUAAAUCGAUGAAUGCUGAAAAGCCAGAAGAUGCAUUAAAAAACAAGUUGGGAAUUGAACUUGUUGGACCAUUUGAUAUUCUGGGGAAAAAACUCGAGAGCAAUCUUGUACAAAAACCUAGCGACUUGUUCCGUCACUGGAGAUAUUACUAUGAUCCACCAGAGUUUCAGACGGUCAUUAAAGGCGAUGACAAAACUCAGUAUCAUUUAGGAUAUUUCAGAGACGAACCUGGCGAUCCACCCGUUUUUGUAGCUAAUAAUUCUGCUGCCAAAGGAUGCACGAUUUCUCCUGUGGGUGACAAUCUCUUUGCUGCUGUCAAUGUGGAAAUAACAAAGGCUCUUCGGACUUCUUGUGCAAAGAAAAUGAAAGAAGACUUACUAAAAAUCCAAGAGGCAUUAAAGAAGUGGGCAGAAAAACAUCACUAUAGUUUAGAAACAAAAACGAUGAAAAUUAAAAAGAGGGAAAAAAAGGUGGUGGCAAGAACAUUCCAUGGAGCAGGAAUAGUUGUUCCUGUUGACAAGAAUGAUGUUGGUUACAGACCUCUUCCAGAAACUAACAGUAAUCUUAAAAAGAUCCUCACCAGGAUAUGCGACAGUAAAACUGAUACAGAACGAGAUAAACACCUUGAUGACUUGCAGGAGAUAAUGACCUUGGUCCAAUUUGCCAAUGAUGAAUGUGAUUAUGGGAUGGGGUUUGAGUUAGGAAUGGAUCUAUUCUGUUUUGGCGAUUCCAAGUUACAUACCCAUAUCCUGAACCUGUUGCCGCUAGCAUAUGAUCUUUUGGGAAGGAACGAGUUUGGAAAGAUUUUGGAAUCCCAUCUCUCAGAUCGAAAACAUACGCCAGACCUCAGUGUUAUCAGCUAGAUAUUUCACUAAUAAGAGUUGUGUUCAUUAUUUAGAUUGGUGUAAUUCUCAUAUAUUUUAUAAAAGUACAUUAAAAUAAAAUUGAAAUUUUUUACAA